AAGGACGAGCAACGCCCGCGGCAGCACGUCUACGACGCUACUCCUGCCACAAAUUCACUUAACACCUCAACAUGAGUGGCACUAACAACAACAACAGCACCAGUAGUAAUAAUAAUGGCAACAGCAACAGUAAUAACAAUCAUUCCAUACACCAACAUCUGCACUCACCAAGCAAAUUAACCGAAUUCGCACGUAAUUUUGAGGAGAAGCCCGAGUCGCUUUUCGGUCGCGUCGUCAACAAAAUCCAAAAUGUUUACAAUCAAAGCUACAACACGGUCAAUGACAUAUCCAGCGGCAGCAGCAGUACCACCACCAACAGUGGCGCCCUCCAAGUGGGCAAGUCCAAGUUCUACGCUGAGAAGGCUGCGGUCAAUGUCGAGGCAGGCAACGAUGAUAUUGAGAGCGACAUUCCAAGGACUAGUUCAUCUUCCAGUUUGAGCACAAAUCGCCCGCAGCCGCCAACAACACUGCAGCUGCGACUCAAUAGCGACACGCAGAGUAUCAGCAGCAACACCACAACGAACACCACCACAACCGUUGAAGACUCGGAGGCCAAUGAGCGUAUCUAUGAGCUGCCCAGUGAAGCGAAUCAGAAUCAAGGACGCACCGUUUCCAACGUGCUCAAACACAUUAGUCACAUUGUUGCCUCGAAGAAUGAUAAUGAUAUGCGCAACUAUAAGGACACGGAGCUGCAGCUGCUGUGGAUGCCUGACUCAAAGGCCAAGGAAUGCUAUGACUGUGCCCAAAAGUUCUCCACAUUUCGUCGCAAGCAUCACUGUCGUCUGUGCGGCCAAAUCUUCUGCUCCAAGUGCUGCAAUCAAGUUUUGCCCGGCAGCAUUAUACGUUGCGAGGGUGAUUUGAAGGUGUGCAAUAAUUACUGCGCCAAGAUUGUGCUCAGCACACUGAAAUCAUCCAGCUCGAACAUGGGCGAAGAUCUGCUGGCGCUGCAGCAGCAUCUAAGCAGUAAACUCGAGGAGCAGGGUAAUGCGCCGACCACACUCGCCGCCCAGAAGCAGCGGGUGCAAGUCUCGCGCAAGCCCUCGGUUGGUUAUCAGGAAGAGCGCUUCAGUUCACAGGCCAAUUAUACGGUGCUGUCAAUCGAUGAUCGCAAGAACAUAUUGCAGCAAUCGAAUUCGCUGAUCACUCUACACGAGGAGAUGCAGCGCGAGUUGCCUGUGCAGAACUGUGGUCAGCAAUUGAUUGAGUUUCUCAAUACAAACAACAAGUCCGCCAAUGAGGUCCAAGCUGUGGCCAUCUUGAGUGCAAUGUUAGCCGCUGGCUUUCUGGAGCCCAUUGUGCCGGAUGCGGAGCAAACGGAAUUUGAUGCUACGCUACACUAUCGAUUUGCGGAGCUAUCGCGCAUAGGUGCAGCCGUUGCCGAGCCGCGUGACACCAGCAAUGAGCACUCGAAUCCGAUAAGUCCACAGUUUGAUAGCAGCGCUGAACCGCAACCGCCCAAAUCGAUGAAUGUCUCGCUAAGUUUUCAGUCCGCCCAGGAGCUGGAACUAGAGAAUGACAUGUGCCUGACGACAAUUUCAACCAAAUUGCUCGAAUCCUAUUGUGCUCAUGAGGAGCAGCUGCUCGCCCAGUUGCUACAUGCGCAUCAAUUGGACAACGAGUGGGGCAAAGUACUGCAGGGCCUGUGCUCGACGGCAGCAAAUCAUUUUAAGCCCGAAUACUGCUCCAACGAUCUGAUGGACAUACGCAACUAUGUUAACUUUAAGAAGGUGCCGGGCGGCAGGCGCAAAGACUCGAAAAUCGUGCAUGGCGUGGCAUUCUCCAAGAAUGUGGCGCACAAGGAUAUGGCAACGCAUGUGGCCUCGCCACGCAUCCUGCUGCUGCAGUGUCCCAUUGUCUAUGAGCGCAUUGAGGGUAAGUUUGUGACCAUUGAGACGGUGCUGCUGCAGGAGAAGGAAUAUCUGCGCAACGUCUGCACCCGCCUCAUGAACUUCAAGCCGAAUGUGCUGCUGGUGCAUAAGAAUGUUGCCGGCAUUGCCCAGGAUAUCUUGCGCUCCCACGACGUCACUUUGGUUGUCGAUGUCAAACUGUCCGUCAUGGAGCGUUUGUCUCGCACUCUCCAGUGCGAUAUUGUCAGCUCCAUUGAGUCGACCAUUACGACGCCCAAGUUGGGCUACUGCAAUAACUUCUAUAUACGCAACUAUGCCGGCGGCAAGACGCUCAUGUUCUUCGAGAAGCUGAACAGUCCGCGUGGCUACACUUGCCUGCUCCGGGGUGGCAACAAUGCGGAGCUGACACGCGCCAAGCGGGUCGCCUCGGCGCUGCUCUUUGCCCGCUACAAUUGGCGCCUCGAGAUGUCCUUUCUGCUGGAUGAGUUUGCCCAGCCGCUUGGCCCCAAACCGUCUCUUUUCGACUCGAAAGAGCCCAGUCCCAAUACGGAAAACGCAACGGCAGACGAACAGUCGGAAACGGAGGCACAGCUGCGCUCCUCGUCGAUCACAAAGCGGCCGCUGGCCGAACGGAAAUCGGAGGACAAGUUUAUAUCGGCCGUCAGUGAGAACGUGUCGGAUUUCACGGAUCCAUUGCGCUCCUCACAGGCAGGCGCCAUGAACAACCCAACCGGUAAUCUUAACGUGCCUGCCUUGGCCGUGGAGAUGCGCUACGAUAAUCGCUUCCGCAAUGCGCUCAGCUCCACUUUGCUGUCGGUCAGUCCAUGCCUUACAUUUCCGCUGCCCUAUCUGGAGACGGAGCAGGGUCGCAAUUGCAAGCUGCGCAAGCUCUUCCCUGCCGAGCUGUACUUCUCCAAGCAAUGGUCCAAGACGCCAGCUGCACUGGAGCGACCCGAGAGCACCGAUGCAGAUGCUGUGCUUAAAACUAGUUUGCAGCCAGCCAAGGACAAGGAGAACGAACAGCAAUUGCUGCCCGCGCAUGAUUUUGUCAAGAUGAAGAUAACAACAGCCGCCACAAGUCGAGAUAUUCAAUCACUGCUCGCCGAAUUUCGUUCAUUUGGUGGUCGUUUCCCCAAGGGCAAGGCGCCAAUGCUCAGACAGAAGAAGAAGAAGAUCGCCGAGGUUACACAGCGACCGCAAAAGGUCACCGAUGAGCAGCUGUACAAGGACGCACUCGAUCCCCAGAAUCAUCAGCGUUUGCCAGUGCUCUUCUGCAGCUUUCACUACAACCCGAAGGGCGUUUCCCUAUUCUGCAAGCUGCCUAUGCUGCUGGACAUGAAGUUCUAUGGUCAGCACGACAUCAUGCUGGAGCAGUUCCUGCAGCGCUAUUGCUGUCUCUUCAAUUCGAUGUGUCCGUCCUGCAAUUUGCCCAUGCUUGGCCAUGUGCGUCGCUAUGUCCACUCGCUGGGCUGUGUGCAUGUUUAUCUCACCGAGGACUCGACACGUUCGGAUCCCAAGCGUAUCUAUUUUACGUCCUGGUGCAGCAUCUGCAAUGCCAGAACGCCAGCGGUGCCGCUCUCAGAUGCCGCCAAACGCCUCUCGUUGGCCAAGUAUCUGGAGAUGCGUUUCCAUGGCCACGCCUACAAGCGGCGACCGCCCACAGAGGUUGGCAUCGCAGCCGGGGAGCAGAGCACUCCCUGCGAGCACUCACUACACCGCGACUAUGUGCAUCAUUUCAGCUUUCGUGGCGUCGGCGCCAAGUUCCAGUACAUCCCCGUUGAGGUGUGGGAAACGGAUCUGCCGUCGCUGACACUGCAAAUUGAGCCGCCCAAGUCGUUCAAUGGCGUCCAAGUGCAGGAGGAGAUCAAGAGCUUUUCGCUACGCGGGCAUGAGGUGUAUACUCGAAUACACGAACGCAUCGCCGAUCUGGCCACCGAAGAGGAGAACUCGCCCCUCUUAGCUAGCCUGAAGGCGACGCUUAACAAGGAUCAGUUCACGUUCAAGCAAAAGGUGGAAAUUGUGCACACGCUGUUGACGGAACGCCAGGUGAAUUCAUACGACGUUGGCGAUGCCAUCAUCAUGACCAAGCGUAAGCUGGCCGGUAGCAUUGAGCUGUGGUGUCGACGUCUUCUCGAAAUUGAGCAGCUGACUCUAAAGCAGAACAAGCUGCCACAUCAAGUUGACGCCGGCACCAUAUGCACCGAGGAGCUACGACCAGAGCAGCCGGAUGCGCCCAACCAGGAGCUGCCCAAAAGCAAAGCUAACCAACAGCAGCAAGUGGACAGCGGCGGUGCUCCAAUCGAAUGUUCCAGCGAAGAUGCGUCGGACAGUGAAAAGACACUCACUGUUGAUCAGAUGCUCGCCUCCACAGUUAAUGUCAAUGCCGAUAAGAAGUCCAUCAAGUCCCGAUUACUAACACUGCGUCAGUCAAAUAAUAAUCAGGCAAAUGCGCUGCAAUCACCAAUUGCGGCACAGGAUCAUCUCACAUUGCCCAUGGGCAGCAUACCUGUUCUGGUGCGUGAAAAUGAUCUCAGUUCGGUAAUUGCCUAUGGCCUAACAUCAGCAGAGUAUCAGCGCUGCAUUUCCGGCGAGUCUGCCAGCGCCGUAGCCAACUCCAGUCCGCAGCCGAAGCACAAGCAGUUGUUGGAUAGCGAUGCCGAGGAGACAAGUGGCACAGCUGCCCCCGAGUCGGAAUCGGAGCGCAACAAGCCAAGCAAAUCUCAACCGCAACCGCCGACUCAACAUGUCUCGCUGACCUUCGGCAGCAGCAGCAGCUGCCUCUUCCAGUGCACGGUUUAUUUUGCACGCGAAUUUGAUGCGUUGCGCGCGAAAUGUUUGAGUCCGCCCAAGCUGGAGAGCAAGCUGAGAAUCUCACUGAAUCGCAAUGGCUCCGAAAUCGAGCUGGUGUCCAAGACCAGCGACGUUGCCGGCCAACACGAUGAGCAGCCGAAUGCCGAAGAGGAGUCACGCAUUGCUCUCGCACGCAGCCUCUCCAGCAGUAUGCAAUGGGAGGCGCGUGGCGGCAAAUCUGGCUCACGAUUCUGCAAAACUCUAGAUGAUCGUUUCGUGCUGAAGGAGAUGAACAAAAAGGAAAUGAUUCUGUUUGAGAGCUUUGUGCCCGAGUACCUGGAAUAUAUUGGCAAGUGCAAACAGCAAAAGGAUCAGCCCACGUUGCUGGCCAAAAUAUUUGGCGUCUUCAAAGUCAGCGUCAAGAACAAAGACACAUUUGUUGAAAAAACAUUGCUGGUCAUGGAGAACUUGUUCUACGGCUGCGACAUAUCCAACAAAUUCGACUUAAAGGGCUCGGAGCGCAAUCGCCUCGUAGAUCCCAACAAUACAAAUGGCGAGAUAGUCUUGCUCGAUGAGAAUCUUGUCCAGAUGUCUUGGUCGAAGCCGCUGUACGUGUUAUCUCACAGCAAAGCUGUGCUGCGUGAUGCUAUACAAAGAGAUGCCUCAUUUCUGGAGCGCAACGAGGUGAUGGACUACUCCUUGCUGGUGGGAUUGGAUUACAAGCGCAAUGUGCUUGUCCUGGGCAUUAUAGAUUAUAUACGCACUUUUACGCUGGACAAGAAGCUGGAGUCGAUGAUAAAGCAGACGGGCAUUUUGGGUGGCGGCAUUGGCAAGUCACCGACUGUGUUGGCUCCACAGCCGUAUAAGCAGCGCUUUGUGGAGGCAAUGGAUCGGUAUUUUAGCAUGGUGCCCGAUCGUUGGGAGGGGCUCUCCAAGAUCUGACACUUAAAUUUGCUGACGCACUUACCAAAUACCAGUUAAUUAAUAGUAUUGUAGUUAACGCAGUUAACAUGGACUUAAUAAAGUAACUAGCACAAUUGUGAAAGCCACAUUCACAUAAAGCAGUCGACACAUCCGCCAACGAA